AUGAAUUCAUCAUUUCUGUCGCUGAAUGGCUCCUCAAUUACAUACACCAUAGAUGAGAUACCCACAUUGGUUUAUGCUCCUGAGCGACCGAAUAGUAACAACCUGAAUCAGUCAUCAUCCACGACGGCCUCAACUGCAACACAACUUACUACUACUACUACUACUACUUCACCCAUAUAUGAAGAAAACACAUUCAUCAACUGGAGUCAAGAAACACAGAAUAUACUGCACAACAAAGCCAAUUUGUCAAAGAAAUGGAUUACACUUGUUCUACUGGCGUUAGUGUUGGGAUAUACUGCAGCUGCAAUAAAUUUGAUUUCAAUCUCAUUGAAUGAUUUGAAAAAGGGGAUAUGUUUAAGCGACUUGGAUGCUUGGAGUAUUUUCAACCCAUAUCUGACAUGUCCCGCUGAUGAAUGGUAUAAUUGGUCACGAUUGUUGGCUGGAUCAAAUGCAAUUUGGAGCAAAAUCGUCAUCAACUUCCCCAUCUACCUUGUCUUUGCUGUUUUGUUUGCCAUGAGUGCCAGCUACCUCACAAUCAAUCGAGAACAUCUAAUACGUCAAUCAGGUAUACCGGAGAUUAAAUUGCUCAUAUCAGGUUUUAAUUUAAAUGUUAGCAAAUAUUUGGGCCUACAUACGUUGUUGUACAAGAUUGUCGGAUUGAUAUUGGUUGUAAGCUCGGGAUUGUGGCUCGGUAAAGAGGGUCCAUUGGUGCAUGUAUCUUGUUGUGUGUUUAACAUCAUUUAUGAGUUUUUCAUUCAGGGUAAAUUUGGAACUAAGCCUAAUGAAGCAAUACGAAGAGAAAUUUUGAGUGCUGCAACAGCAACUGGAAUUUCCGUUGCAUUCAACUCUCCAAUUGGUGGUGUGUUGUUUGUGUUGGAAAGUAUGCCAAGCUACUUCAGUCCUACAAAGAUUAUGUGGAAUUCAUUUGUUGCCGCCACUAUAGCAAUUAUCGGUUUAACUGGAUUUAGUGCAUUUACUGAUGGCAGUAAUUUUGUUGAGCAAGACUUGUUUCAGGUAAACUUUGGAAAUUUUAGUUGGUUAUUCUUGGAGGUGAUUCCAUUUCUCAUUUUAGGAGCUUUAGGUGGGAUGUAUGGAUACUACUUUACAAAAGUUAAUCAAAUUUUCCAACAAAAAUCAUUACGUCAAAGAGUGCAAUCGACACUAGUGCAAGUCACCAAAGUUGAUGUGAAAUGGGGUCCUUAUUUGGAAGUCUUGUCUAUAGUUGUUCUCACCACAAUUUUGAACUUCCCGUUGGAAAUUUCUAAAUUGCCAUUGAGUUCAUAUUUAAUUUUGUUAUUCAAGGAAUGUCUGAAAGAGGCCAGUGAUGAAACUAAUGCUGAGGAUUUUCUUUGUGGGUCGUCAAAUGGAAUCACCCUGUUGAAAUUGCUCUACAUUCUUGUUCAAGGGUUCGGGCUCACUGCUUAUACAUUUGGUGUUGAUUUGCCUGGAGGAGUGUUGAUGCCUUCGUUGGUGUUGGGCGCUACAUCUGGAAGGCUUUUGGGGAUAGUGAGUCAGGCAUUGCAAUCAAAUUUCAACUGGGAAUCAUUGGCUACUUGUACCGAAAAAUCAUGCGUGGUUUCACCAUCUUCGUAUGCAGUUAUUGGUGCUGCAUCAUUUAUGACUGGCAUAACCAAAUUGACAAUGUGUGUUGUUGUUAUAAUGUUUGAAAUGACUGGUGCUGUAUCUUAUGUGUUACCAAUCAUGUGCGGUGUUGUCACGUCCAAAUUUGUCAACGACUGGCUCACACCGUCGAAUAUUUAUGAUACAUGGCUUCAAAACAAUUUCAAUAAACCUGGGUUGCCGGGUAACGCAACUUUGGGUAUGAUCAAUGAAGGUAAAGGAACGGGUAUUGUAUCAUUUUCAAACUUGACAUCAACAAUCAAGUCAAAACUUCCUGAUGUCACAGUACGUGCAUUGAUGGUACCAUUGGAGCAAACCAAAUGUCUUUGCUUAGUUAGCGAAGAUGGGCCUUACACUGCUAGUUCAUUGUGGGAGUUUAUCAACGAUGACACGCACGAAGGGUAUCCUUUGAUUGUCAAUUACUCCAAUCCAAUAUAUAUUGGUUACGUCACCAAGUCCGAACUUGUUGAUAAGUUGCAAAACGUCAUUCGCAAAGAUUCAUUAGAGCCAAUAUCAUUUCAAAUUUACAAUUUACCUAGAACUGCUUUAUCUAUGCAACUACACUAUGAACGCAAGUACAAUUGUACUUCUUUGGGUCUUUCGAUUGAAACAUCUCCAUUGUAUACUAAUGAGUUAUCACCAGCAAUCUUAAUUUUGGAAGAAUUCGAAAAAUUGUAUUUAAAUCACCUUGUUAUUUUAAGCACAAAUAAUAUAGAGAAUCAGAUUAUGGUGGGUUUUAUUGAUCGUUUUAUUUUGGCAAAUGCCAUUAAUGACAAGUUUGGAAAAUUGGCUAAUGAAUUGGCUGAUUUUGAAGCUAUUAAUGAGUACGAUUUGGAGACUGCUAUUGGUAAUGAUGAGGAUGAAAUGAUGAAGUUACGAUACAAUAGAAAGAGUAUAGAGUUGAUUACUUGA